AUGCUGGGCUUUCCUUUUCCAACUCCGAAUGAUAAUCUCCCUCUAGGUAAAAACCCUGAUCUGGAUGUGAGAUUAAUGUUGGCAAAUCCGAAAUUGCACUCCAUUAGACAAGGUAAAUACUGGGUGGAUAAAUUUAAACAAAAAACUCAGUUCCAAUUUAAAGAGGGGUUAAUUUUUAGAAAAAAAUUAAAAAUUGAGACAAUACUUUGAAUUCUAAUGCGUUUUUAUGAGAGAGAAUAUUAUCUUAUUUUAAGCCAUUAUUCCAGGGUUUAUCUAGAUUUAAUAAUUCUUUUACCUCUUGAUUUUUAA